UUGGGUAAAUGGUAAUUGGGAGCUUUGACUGCAAUCUGCAAGCUACUGCUGUCAUCUGAUGAUUAAAUUAACAAUCAAAAGAUAUUUCCAUACGAACAAAAAAAAAUAAUAAUAAUAAAAUAUUUAAAAAAAAACAAAAAAAGUAAAUCCUCUGAUUCCGUUCGGUCAAUGUAUUGUUCAAAAUUGUAAACAAAACAUAACACACGUGAUCUGAUGAAAAUGAAACGUUCAAAAAUUGAUAUCAUCAAUGCAACUGUUGAAUCGUAUUUGAAACGUCGUGGCUAUCAGGAUAUCGAUAUAUGUAAUAAACCAGAUCGUAAUAAAACAAUCACAGGUGAAGAAUUAUUAUUACGUGAAAUGGCCGAGUCCGCAACUUCAACUAAAAAUUCAAUUAUUUUUAGCGCCAUCACAAAUGAUGUUACUGCUGCUGAUCAAGCAUACAAAAAAUUACGAGCAUGGAUUGAUUUAAUUCACGAUGAAACAGUAAAAGAAGAUUUAAUGAGUCUCCUGUAUCCAAUUUUCUGUCAUAUGUAUUUAGAAAUGCUUAAUGCAGGAAAUUUACAGGCAGCAAUUGAAUUUUUCAAUAGUAAUCGUAAUGAUUUUUUAUCGUGUACUGAGAAAAAUUUUCUUGAUGAAUUGUCAUGCGUGUUUUCAAUCCAAGACGCCGAGUCGAAGCCAACUGUCAAUGCGUUUAAAAUGAGGAAGUAUCGGGUUGACAUGUCUGAUGAAGCCCACAAUGCAUUGCAAAAGUAUCUUGCUAAACAUGGACACGUUAUUAUUAUGCAGAUUAUAAAUAUACAUGUGAAAAUUAAUAUAAAGGUAGAAAAUGUAGUUGAAGAAGAUGAAACUGACGACAGAACAAGAUUUGGAGACAUUAGUAUCAACGGGCAUAUGGAACAAACGUCUGGUACUGGGGCUGACAGAGAAAUGAGAGAAUUGUUGGAAGUAAUACGUGGGUUAAAUAAUAAUCCAUACAAACCCUUGAGAAUAUUCAGAAUUAAAAAUGCAAUUGAAGAUGCGAGCUGCGCAACGAUACCCAAUAAAAUGGAUAAAUUUGCAGUAGGAUUUAAUAGCCAUACUGUCAGAAUAUGGCCAAUGGGAAGUACGAGAUUAAUGAUACCACAACCAGGACCUCCGCCAAAAAAAACACGCAAUGAAAAUGAAAUAGACUAUAAUAUUCAUGAUAAUCGUGUUGAAGUCGAAUCGUCGGGUGCUAUUGUGUUACGAGGUCACACAGAUAUUGUACAUGACGUCAGAUUUACAAGCGACACUGAAAUCCUUCUCUCAGUGUCAAGUGAUAAUGAUUUGAAAGCCUGGAGUAUGCAGGAUUACAGUUGUAUUGGAACUUACACUGGACACAAUUAUCCAAUUUGGUGCAUGGACAUGAGUUUAGAUGACGCGUAUAUUGUAACAGGCUCCCAUGAUCGUACUGCUAAAUUGUGGACACUGGAUAGAAAAUCUCCAGUUCGUAUAUUCGCGGGUCAUUAUAUGGAUGUCAAUUCAAUUAAAUUUCAUCCAAAUGGAAAUUAUUUAGCGACCGGUUCCGCAGACAAAUCGGUUAAAUUAUGGAGCAAAGAAAAUGGCGAAGCUUUGAGAACUUAUCCAGGUGUCCAGUCAACGAUUUACAGUUUAGCAUUUAGUCCUGAUGGAAAAUACCUCGCCGGUGCUGGUGAUGAUAAAAAUGUGUUGAUCUGGGAUUUGGCGACAGAUGGACUUGUAAAUGAAUUGAAAGGUCAUGAGUCGACGAUAAUGAAUUUAGACUGGAGUGCUGAUGGUCAGUUUAUUACCAGUGGGGACAUGGGUGGUACUGUUAGAUUAUGGUCCGCUAAAAUAGCCACCAAAAAUGGUAUCAGUAUUCCAGUACAAUCAACAUCUGAAAUGGAAAUUCCAGCUGUACAAGUAUUAAAACCGAGCAUUGAAGCCAUUCUGACACUAAAAUUCAACCCUAGAAAUAAUUCGCCCAUGUGCGUCGUUACUGCGUAAAAAGUUAACUUAAUAUUUUUUUCUGAAAGAAGUCUCUCUAAAAAACGCCGGAAAAUUUUAACUCGCGAUAAUCAAUUUUGUUCUUCUUUUUUUUACUAAUUACUCAUCUGAUUUUUUUUUUACUAACAGUAAACCGUUUAACGUCAAUAAUUAACUUGAAAAUUUUUUUAUUAAUUAAAUUAAUCGACGUGGAUAAGUGUACAGAAAUAGAUAGAAUAGAACAAGGGAUAAGUAGGCGGCACGAUAACGUGCCACACUCUCGGCUAUUCCGAACACAGGUUUUUUUCUGUAUCUUUAGACACAACGUAAAUUAAUUGUUUUAAGUAAUAACGAUAUAUAAAAGUUUAUUUUGAGCUUUUUUUUUAUUGUUUGUUAAAAUUUUUCGGCGUUUUUAUUUGUAUUAAUUUGUAACAAAGUACACUAUUAAUUACGAGGUGAUGAUCAAAGUCUUCAACCGAUAUAAAAAUAAUUAAAAUUUUCUACCUUUAGUUUAUAAUUUUAUUAUUAUUAUUAAUUAAGAUACUCAAUAAUGAAAGGUCAUUAAUUUGUCCUUUCAAAACUGUGCUGGCUGUUAAAAAUCGCAGUAUUUAUAAUCGAAUAAUUAGUUUUUUUUAAGCUCACAAAUUGUGUUCAGCUAAUGAUAAUUAAUUGUAAUUGUUAUUUUAAAUACUACUAUAAAAAUAUAUUAAUAGCAAAUAGUAUUUUUAAAUAAAAAAUUUGACUAUUUUUUAAUAAUAAUUAAGGUCAGUGUGAAACAAAUAAAUUUUCAU